AUUUCAGUGUAGAAUUGAUUUGAGGUUAUAGUAUAUAUACUAUAUCGUAUUGCAAUAUCAUUAGUAUAUUUAGUAUAAUUCGACAGAUUUUAAACAUUUGUAUUAUAAUUUUAAUCAACAUCAACAAAGUUUUAUGUUUUGUUAUAGCUGUUAUUUUAUAUUCAAUUUUUCCAUCACAAAAGAAUAUUAAAUAAGGUUAUUGAUUAUGUCAAUAAAACUAACAUUUUUGAGAUAUAAACAAAUGCGUUGGUACUCAACAAAACAAAAAAUGAAAAUUAUAGAUACUGUAAAUGAAUUAAUUUCAAACAAUGAAUUUAAACAUAGACGACAUCCAGGUAUAAUAAAGCUUAAGAGAGUAGAACAACCUAGUUGGCUUAUAAAAACAAUUAAAAACAUUUUACAUGAUGUAACAAUUUCAUCAAAGAUGAUUAAUGAAAGUAGUAAAAAAUUAGCAACACAUUUGAAUAAUAGACAUCCUCCACCAGAAAAAGAAGAUAUUAAUUUAAAAUUACAAGAAGUGCAGUCAAGAAUAUAUCCACAUAUUCAUGAAGCACAAAAUUUAAAUAAAAAUGAUAUACUUAAUAAUCCAAAAGCUCUUAAGCUUUUUAAAAGUCUUAUAUAUAACUGGUCACCAAUUUCAUAUAAUAAAUACAUUAGUUUAGCAUAUUUAAUUAGUAGAAGUGUACCUGAAUAUUCUGUUUUAUAUAAAAUUUUUAAUGAAAUUGUUAAUAGUGAUAAAAAUUUUAUACCAAAAACAUUAUUUGAUUAUGGUUCAGGAACUGGCACAGUUAUGUGGGCAGCCUCACAAUUUUGGUAUAAAUCCAUCAAGGAAUAUUAUUGUGUUGAUGUUUCUCGAGAUAUGAAUGAAUUAUCUGAAUAUCUUAUAAAAAAUGCUACACCAAAAAUUAAUACAAAUUAUGUUUUUUAUCGACAAUUUUUUCCUGCAUCUCCAAUUCCAACUUAUGAUAUUGUAGUAAGUGCAUAUUCUUUAUUAGAAUUACCAAACCAAAUAUCUCGUCUUGAAACAAUUUUAAAAUUAUGGAAUAAAACAGAACGAUAUUUAAUUAUUGUAGAACAAGGAACAAAUAUAGGAUUUAAAAUAAUUAAUGAAGCUCGAGAUUUCAUACUUAAUUAUAAGAAGAAUGCUUCUAAUGUACAUGUAUUUUCACCUUGUCCUCAUGAUGCUCAAUGCCCUAGAUAUGUAACAGAUAACACUCCUUGCAAUUUUGAAGUUUCAUAUUUAACAUUACCUAUUGGUGAAAAAUCUGAGUAUAAACAUGAACGUUAUUCAUAUGUAGUACUUAAAAAAGAUAAACGUUCCGAAGAUGAUUGCAAAUGGCCACGAAUUGUUAGACCAGUAUUAAAACGGUCUAAACAUGUUAUAUGUCGUAUGUGUACAGCUUCCGGAGAAUUAGAAGAACAAAUUUUCACGACAUGGAAAAAUGGAAAAAAUACAUAUCGUUGUGCUAGAUGUAGUGAAUGGGGUGAUCGUCUACCUUUUGAAACAGAAAAAUGUUAGAAAAUAAAAAGUAAUAUUUGUAAUUUAUAUAUUACAUAUAUAAUAAAAAAUAUUUAAUUUUUUUA